AUGAUACCAAAGCAUCAAUUGCUGCGCUUCCGCGUCAGCCCAAGUCGAAGCGCUACACGACGCGCUUUCAGCAGCACCUGUGUCCGGAAGCAAGAUGAAGCUUCGGCUGCGCCGGCAGAGACGGCGCCCAACUCGCGAUGGCUCUCUGAUAUUCGCAACCGUCUGUCUACAGGAAUCUCCAAGAGGGCAGAGGAGCCAAAAGUUCUGGCGCAGCUGAAGCAUCAUAUGAGCUAUCUGGACCAGCACUGGCUUAAUUUAUCAGCUGGUCGCGAAGGCUAUCUCACUGAACCGCAAUGGAGGGGUUUGGACAAGCAUAGCAUUGCCUGGGGAGACAUGGACUCAAUGGUGAGCCACGUGAACAAUGUCAAGUACAACAGAUUUGCCGAAUCAGGUCGCGUCAACUGGAUGAUGAACGUCGCUGCUCACGUCGCACCUGAGCAUCGACGUGAAUUUACAGAACUCAUGUCGCCACGAGGCAUUGGCCUGAUUCUUGCUAGCAUCCGAACUGACUAUAAAUUUCCGAUGACGUUUCCGGACCAGGUCACGGUGCUGCAUAAGCUGGUCACGAAGCCAGAUGAUUCGUCUGACAGGAUCCUGAUGGAAGCAGUUGCUUAUUCGCACAAGCACAAGCGGGCUGCUGCUCGAUUCUUUGAAGACAUUGCCGUGUACGAUUAUCGAGCUGCCGCAAAGGCGCCGCUCAAGCCAUUCAUGGUAAAGGAGAUGCAGGUCAUGUAUGAAUUACAGGAGCAGCGGCGGCAACAAACGGAAGAAAAAGUGCAAGAGAUGCUCCAAUCCUUGGAAGACCUGGAGGUUUAA